AUCGAGGAUUUUGAGGAGGGGCGGGAUACGGGGGGGUCGCUUCUAGGGGAGCUUGCAGCCAGAAAUUUUACAGAGAUGGAGUUUCUGCAGAAUCAUCACACGGUGAACACCUCCGAGUCGCCGUAUACUCUCGGCACAGGAUCGGUGGGUACAAUCGAGGCAACCAUACCAUCCGCACUUUGCACCGGUUCAUUGGGUGUUCUUUCGAAUGAGGAUACCUUGACCGACAAUCAAAAUGAAGAAACUUUAAGUGCUUUGCAAGGUACAUUACGUUUGCAAGAUUUACAAGCUUCUACGGACGAUAUUACGGGAAGUGGUGAUCAAACUCAACAACAAAUUACAAAUUCAGGCCAAAACCAAGUGGUCGGUAGUGAAUUUGGUAGUGGGUUUUGGGUCGACGAUAUGGCAGGUUUUCCACCAUUGGAUUUGGAUCCUUUGCCUGGUUUGUUCAGUCCUUGUUCGGGGACAUACAAUUGGGGAUGUCCAAGAGGUGAUUGCGUACCAAGGGCGAACAAUGGGAACGGCGAGGGUGUCGCAGACGUAUUGUUAUCCUUGAAACAUGCCGUGGUACAUCCUGGAAGUCCUACAGGAGGAUAUUAUUCUUCAACGGGCGGCCCUAAUACGCAUCACUAUACCCAAGAUUACACCCAAAACUUAGGCCCACCCGUAGGCCCGCCAACUCAUUACACUUCGGCACCCGCAAUGUCCGUCAACGUUUCCAUGAACAUGACGAUGAACAUGAACUUGCAUCAUGGAUACGAGCAAGGUUAUUCGUCGGCAUGGGGUGCAGAGCCCUUGUUAAGUCCCGCUCCCCAAUACAAUCCAGUGGAAGCACAGACGAGAGUAAAUCAAGCACCAACCAAUGGGCUGAUAGGUGGUAGUAGUACUGGUCACGCCCACGCUCAUCCCCAUCCGCAUUCUCACCCCCGUCUCCAAGGACCGAAUGAGCAUGCGCUUUGUGUCAAUGGUGGAGGAGCAACAGUCACCACCCCGGACGACAAUGGCAGACCAAACCUUUGCAGGAUAUGCGGAAAAUCUUAUGCUCGACCUAGUACACUCAAAACUCAUCUUAGGACUCAUUCUGGCGAGAAACCGUUCAGAUGUCAUGCAUGCUCGAAAGCUUUCAGCCAAGCUGCCAACUUGACUGCCCAUACGAGAACACAUUCAGGAGAGAAACCAUUCCGAUGUCCAGUUUGCGAUAGAAGAUUUUCACAAAGUAGUUCCGUGACGACACAUAUGAGAACUCAUUCCGGGGAACGUCCUUACAGGUACGAUGAUGAUUUUUAUUCUUCAUUAUCAAUUUUUCAUACAUAGGGAUAAGGUUGCUCAAGUCGUACCAUUGCUUAAAUCGUACCUUUAACUUUGUUUAAUUGAUUACCGUAUCAACAGCAUUUCUAGUAAGACAAUCAACAAUAUUGAUUCAUUCAAUUAGUUUUUGUUAUCAUCGGUGUACUAGCAUAACCUUUUAAUAAUUAAAUUUAUGACUGUUUUCUUUUUUAUUAUUUUGUGUAUAUGCUUUUGAUAGGUUUUAUACAGCUAUGUAAUAUUGACACACAAAUUAUUGUUCUUAUUUUAAAUAUUUAUUUUUUGUGGUAUUAAAAUAAUCGUUUUUUGUUUUUCGAAAUGAUACCUUAAACUACUUCAAUUAUUGUUUUACUACGUUUAUUUGUAAUAAAACAUACAUCUUGAUUUUUAAUACUCAUAGAAGAUAUUUAAAUUGUAUUGGUACGACUUAAAAAUAGCCUAUUUUUGAGAAUUUUUAAUUGGAAUAUGAUAAGUCCAAAGAAAUGUUCGUUUGCAAGCCAUUAUUAUACAAACUUUCAAAAACAUUUGUUCAUUUUUUUUCAUUGCAAGUCGUCACAUAAUGGCAGCGCCAUAGCUUAGCAAAGAAAACCUCGUAUCGAAAACAAUGUUCUGCACAAUUUCAACAAUUCAUGACCGAUUCACUUGAAAUUUAUACUAAAAUUAUCUAAGGAAUAACUUAAGGGACUUCGCGUCAUUUAGUUAACUUAUUUUUAUGAACAAUUUUUCACAUAUAUAAUUUUACUUCGAUAAAUGAAUCUUGAAAAUAUGAAUGAAUUGCACAUAUAUAAAGGAAUUAACAAAAAAAUAUUUUUAUGAUUAUUGUAAAAACUGAUUGUACUUAAUAAAUAUCAAUAAAUAUUACCUUUCAUUAUUUUGGUUUAAAUUUUAUUCUUGGAUACGACUUAGGCUGUAAAUAAUACGACUAAGGACCCUGAUUCCUUAGUCAUGCAAUAUUCAUUUAUUACAUUUUGUUAAUUUAAUAAAAUAAUUAAAAUCAAUGUGU